CCUCACAUCAUCUUUGCUCUCUGCCCUUGUGAGGACAUCUCAUGCCCUCAGCCUCCUGGUGGCAACUCUCAUUUAAAUCAGACGAUGAGGCCACAGCCCGGAAGGCAAAGCAGCAAGGAAGCUCACCUUUGGGAUACAUGCUGGCCAAAGCUUUAGGUUCACCGAAGGAAUGCACCUUUUUUCUUACUACUCCUGACUGUUACCCACCCCCUACUUUCACUAACCAUGCAUUAUUGGAAAGGAGAGCUGAACGGGUUGUCCUACCCUCCUGGUGGCUGUAUUGAUUUUCUUCCAGUUUGUGUUCAUUUGAUUGAGACCCAGCAAUAUGAGAGUAAGGUGAAUGAGAGCAUGAGCAUGCUAGGGAGGAUAUUGAGCUUUGUGAACUGAGGUUGGCUGCAGACGUCUGGUGCAACACGGAAGGGAGACUGACAGAUCUCCAAUUUCAGGCCAGCUGCUUAUAUGGGUGACAGACUGCAAUCCUGACCCACCUGGAUAGCACCCAGAACAAUGAACCAGUCUGAACUGACAACAGACCCUUCGCUCACUGCCAACAUCAGCCAUGGAGACUUCUUUCCUGGCAGGACUUCGAACCACUCCUGUCCCUUGGGCUUGGGGCUGAAUGGAGGCCUAGAUGCUUGUAUUCUGGAGACUGCUGUGAUUGUACUUUUGACAGUGCUAAUUAUUGCAGGGAACUUGACAGUGAUCUUUGUGUUCCAUUGUGCCCCUCUGCUGCACCACUACACCACCAGCUAUUUCAUCCAGACUAUGGCCUAUGCUGAUCUGCUGGUGGGUCUUAGUUGCUUGGUGCCCACCCUGUCUUUACUCCACUACCCAACCAGUGUGCAGGAGCCAGUCACAUGUCAAGUUUUCAGCUAUGUCAUCUCUGUUCUAAAGAGCGUGUCAAUGGCCUGCUUGGCCUGUAUCAGUGUGGACCGCUACCUGGCUAUAACUAAACCACUGUCUUACAACCAGUUGGUAACUCCAUGCCGUCUACGAGGCUGCAUCACUCUCAUCUGGGUCUACUCAAGUCUAAUUUUCUUGCCCUCCUUCUUUGGUUGGGGUAAGCCAGGAUAUCAUGGGGAUAUUUUUGAGUGGUGCGCACACUCUUGGCCGACCUCUGCCCUCUUCACAGGCUUUGUGGUGUGCUUACUCUAUGCACCUGCUGCCCUUGUGGUCUGCUUUACCUAUUACCACAUCUUUCGCAUUUGCCAGCAACACAACAGGGAGAUCAGUGAACGACGUGCACGUUUUCCCAGCCAGGAGAUGGAGGCUGGUGAAGGGAAUGGUGGUGGGCAUCAUGGAGGGCAUGGACCAGAUCGGCGCUAUGCGAUGGUACUCUUCCGCAUCACCAGUGUUUUCUAUAUGCUUUGGCUGCCCUAUAUAAUCUACUUUCUGCUAGAAAGCUCCCAUGUGCUGGAUAGUCCUGCCCUUUCCUUCAUAACAACUUGGCUGGCCAUUAGUAACAGCUUUUGCAACUGUGUCAUCUACAGCCUGUCUAAUAGUGUGUUCCGGCUGGGCAUGCGUAGGCUCUCGCAGACUAUUUGCUCCUUCAGCCAUUGUGCUGCAGAUGACCGGGACUUUGGGGAGCCUAAACCAAGAAAGAGGGCAAACUCAUGUUCCAUCUGAACAGAUGGCUCUUACAGGAUGAGGAAACAAGAAUCCCAACAAGCUUAGCAACUAGUUACCUUGUAGUUAAAU